AUGUCAAAUCAAAGAUUCAUCUUCGUAUGUAUAUCCAUUGGUAUUAUAAUACAAUCAAUAAAUGGACAAGCACCAUGUCCCGUUGAAGAAGAUCCAGUACAAUUAGCUGAAUGUGCACAAUUGGAUGUUCAAGCAAUUAUUCAAGCAGCUAAAGGAAAUUUAAAAUUAUUUUGUAAUUUAGCUGAACGAUAUAUGGAAUGUUUUAAAACCAAAACUCGAAAUUGUCUUGGUGGAUGGGCUGCUGAAGGUGGUUUAACUGAAUUACAAAAUUUAGCUCAAUGGUGCUGUGUUAAUCCAGGUCUUCCAGAACCUGAUGAAUGUCCACUUCAUCGUAAUCCAAAAUGCUUUUCCGGUGAUGAUUUUGUUUCAAUGGCAAAUGGUGAAAGAAAACUUUUAAGUGAACUUCGACCAGGUGAUCGUGUACUUGUUAUGAAUACACAAAAACAAAUUGAAGAAGAUGAAAUUAUUAUGAUGCUUGAUAGUCAACCAAAACGUCCAGCUUUAUUCUAUUCAAUUGAAACUGAAAGUGGUCAUCGUUUAAGUUUAACAGGAAAUCAUUUUAUUGCUGUUAAUCAUAAUGAUCAAUUUCUUCCAGCAAAUCAAAUUAAAUCUCGUGAUACUGUUUUUAUACAUUCACAAGGUAAAUUACAACCAGUUAUGGUUCGAAAUGUUAGCGAAGAAUAUCGUGUUGGAUAUUUUACACCAAUGACUAGUCAUGGAACAUUAAUUGUUAAUGAUAUGGCUGCUUCAUGUUAUUCAAGUGUUGUUAGUCAUAAUUUAGCACAUCAAAUAUUAGCACCACUUCGUUGGUGGUAUCGUUUUGCCAAAGUUUUUGCUGUCGAACAACCAUUUGAAUAUUCACCUGAUGGUGGUAUUCAUUGGUUACCAAAAGCAAUGUUACAAAUAACAGAAAAAUAUUUACCAAAUGUGUUAACAACACAAAGUCUUUAA